GUUUGUUUGGCGGGAAGCGGGAGGGGCCGCCAUGAUGGCGGGCGCGGGCGGGCCGGGCGGGAGGAGGCUGCGGGAGCUGCUGGGGAGAGCCAGGAAACGAAAAAGCGCCUUUGGGAGCGGAGCAGAGCUCCAAGAAGCUGCUCUUCACCUUCUGGAUCGCCAUCUGAACCUGAACGACCUCCUCCUGGAGGUGGAAGAUUCAGUCAAGCCAGCUGAAGACAGUGGCAUAGAGCACCGGAAAGUACUGUCAGAAUCAUUCAUAGCCUCUGUUCUGCAGGAACAGGCCUCAAGAUUGGGUGUACCCACAGCAAUCUUGGCAGCCAAAAAUGCUGUUACCAACAUCGAGCAGAUCUGCCAGGCUUCCACAAGCUCCUCUCAAGCACCGCUGCUGAACUUGGAACAGAGAAAAAGGUUGUCAUGCUUGCUUCUAACGGUCAAGGAUUUGUUGGCGAACAAUGUGUUCUGUCGCUCGCUAUUCUGUCAAGAAAUGUGGAAAAUGAAGACCCCUCCACUUCUGGAAGUUGUGUGGCAGCUGCACAGAGGCAGCAUCGUUGGACUGGAAGAACUGCUGGAGAGCAACCCAGACAUUCCUGCUGUGGUGGAGUGGCUGUGCAGCAGCCUUUGUGGCCUUUGUGAGCAGACAGAAGAGUCCUCCCAGGAUGUGGAGCGUUCUGGGCACAUUCUCACAGACUUUGUGAUCAUGUUUCUUCAGAAUGGCUUUCAGCAAACUUCGGAACUGGGAAGGAAGUUGGAAUUCAAGAAGGUCCCCCAUAUCUGUCAUGCUGUUUUACAAAGAAUGUUGACAUGGGUGCUCGAUGCUGUUGGUAAAGAGAAGCAGGAAGAUGUUUCCAAGUUGCAAGCUAUGGGGUGCUGGCUAAAUGUGUUCAAUGUGACAAUGUAUAAAAAUGCAGUUCAUCCUGAUUCCCUGCAGCAGUUUUUUAGACACACGCUGACUGAGGUUCUCACCUACAACCCUCUGUUGAAAGUGUCUGAUGCCAUCCAUAUGCAGAGAGAGUGGACCUUUACAAGAACUUGCUCACUGCUUACUACCUUAUAUCGCAAACUGUUUGUGGCAUUCAGUGCAAAGGAGUCGAUCUGCCAGCUGCAGCAAGUUCUGGAGGCUCAUGAAGUGAACUGGCAGCAUGUGCUCUCCUGUGUUUCCACACUGGUAAUCUGCCAGGCUGAAGCAGCGCAGCUGUUCAAAGAUCUACUGAGUUGUCUGCUGAUAAAGGCCUUUGAAAAUUAUGAUAUGGAAAAUAUGAUCACUGCAUUCCUGAUAGCUCGUCAGGCUGCUCUAGAGGGCCCUGCUGUGUUCAUGCCUUACUCUGAAUGGUUUAAGGCUUCCUUUGGGAAUGCUGGGGGUCAUCAUGGGAGCAGUAAGAAGGCGCUGGUCUUCCUUUUUGAGUUCCUGUCAGAGCUGGUACCCUUUGAAGCAGCCCCAUACUUGAAGGUCCAUAUAAUGUACCCCCCUUUUGUGCCAACAAAACAUCGGUCUAUCCUCUUGGAGUACAUCACUCUGGCUAAAACCAGACUGGCUGACCUCAAGGUUGCUAUAGAAGACAUGGGGCUCUAUGAAGAUUUAUCUUCCACAGAUGAAUCUGUGCAGCCCCAGGGCCAGGCACUCCGUGAUGUUGAAAAGGCCAUUCAGAUAUUUGAAAACACGAGGAAGAUCCCAACGUCUGUAAUAGAAGCCAGUAUUUUCAGACGACCAUAUUAUACCUCCUGGUUUCUUCCUGCUUUGCUUAGGCCACGUGUGCUCCCUAAAACCCCAGAUGUGCACAUGGUUUUUAUAGACUCUUUAAAGAGAGCUGAUAAAAUACCAUCAAACUUGUACUCCACAUACAUACAAGCUUGUUGUGCUAUGAAAGAGAAAAUCUUACAAGAUGAAUCAAAAGUAGAGACCAGCCAUUCCAAAGAGCCUGUUGAGCAGCUGAAGGCUGAACUGGCUGAGCUACGGGUGCUGAUUGUGGACCAGACUAAAUAUGAAGAUGUGCCAGCACAGAUUGCAGUGAUAUCUGACAGACUCUCAAGUGUCUUGGGUCACAGCAGUGAUGAAAAUGAAGCUGCUGCUUUGAAUUCUCAAAUCCGUGUUAGCAUUUUGGCACCUGACCUGGAACCCUGCCAUCAGAGUGUUGUUGAUCUUCUGCUGACAUCAUUCUGCCAAAACCUAAUUGCUGCUUCCUAUUUUAACCCUCCUGACAGGCAAGGAUCGUGUUUGUCCCUGUUUGUCAAGAUGAUGUGUGGACACAGGAAUCUCUUACCUGCCCUUCUGGGCAGGCUCUGCCAGCUUAUUUAUCAUCAGGGUCCUUCCCUCAAUGAUGCUCAUAUUUUAGGACUAGCUGCUUUUGUGAUCCACUUGAGUGAAUACAGAUCUUUAAUUCCUGAAGUGGAAGCCGAUUUGGGGAUUUCUCAGCCUGUUCCUGAAAAGAUCCUUUCCAUCACCGAGUACUGGAACUUUUUGCUAGUGUGCAGGACAGAAGAGUCCUUUGCCUUCUGCAUGAGGUUUUGUACUGCAGCAGUAUCUUAUCUUCUCUGCAAGUUUUCAUCCCUUUCUCAUGAUGAUUUAUGUGCCUUGCUUCCUCCUAGCCUUGUUAAAAAGUUGCAGUACACUGUGCCACGGCUGAACCUGGAAGCUCGAGGAAUCAUGUAUGAGGAGAGUAAAACUGAACUAGUCUGGAGUUCCCUGUCAUGCUCCUCUGUACAUUACAAAAGAGCCAGCCUCUGUUUGUGGAAGCAAGCACGCUUUCAAGAGCUCUUGAAGGAGAAAGCAUUCCAGUUAUCUUUCAGAGAGUGGCUGCUGCUGGAGCUAGGAGUGCACCCUGAAAAGGAUAUUCUUUGUGCUUCAGAAAGACAUGACUUCCAUUAUUGGGCUAUUUAUCAGUGGUAUCUUCCAGCACCUUCUGCUUCUGGAGGCUGUGAUGGAGACCUGGAAAAGGCGUGUGACAUUAUUAUCAAUACCAUUCUGGAUUUCUCACAAAGGGUGGACCUGGGUAGCUAUGGCCAGUUGAAGAUGUCUGUCAAUCCUGAUAUUCUCUGCAAGUUACAGGAAAUGGUGCUUGAGUUGGGGUGUAGGAGAAAGUUGCUUUCUGGCUGCUUGGAUGCCAGGAGACACUUCCUGUUUAGGGCUUUCCAGGAAAGAUUAAAAGACAGAGAACAUGGUUCUGCUCUGGGUGAACAGUUAUGGAGGCAACAGGAGCUGCUGCUACAGAGAAGGAUUCUGGUAGGGCUCCCUGCAUCUGCUCUGAUCCUGACUCAUCGAAAAGGAAAGAAAAUAAUGUUGGACUGUGAAGAUUUCUUUCAUUUUGUAAACUCGGAGCUGAAAAACGUCUGUUCCAGAGGAUAUGCGCUCUCCUAUGAUAUCACCGCUCACUUCUUCAGGGGCCUGCUGAACGCCAGCUUGGACUGUGAAGAAUCAGCAGAGGGGAUCAAUGAUGUUCUGACAACAUGUCAAACCAAGUGCCCCAUUGUCCUUUUCUCUGCGGCGCUGUGGUGGCCAAGGCUGGAGCCCGUACUUUGUUCUCAGUGGAAGAGACUCUUUGGAGUGCCACUUGCAGAAGAACUGGAGAGGCUGAGGGGAUGCUGGUGCUCAGCUGCAAGCUUCCUUUCUUCAGAAGCAGUUUUCCCUGUCUCUGGCCCACCCUGGAUUUCUGCUGCCUUCCUCCAUGUUACUGUUCAACAGCAGUCAGCACGUGGAAGAGGGAGAGAUGCACUGAAGAGGCUGGGGACUGAUACAGAGCAGCUUCUGGUUUCUCUGCUCUUCUUCUCACUCAUGGAUCUCAUCUCUGCAAAAAUAGCACCAAAGGAAGGAGUGGAUUUUCAGAAGUCUCUGGAAUGGUCCCUGGAGAUCUUGCGCUGCCUGGAAGAGAGAGGCAUGUCCUGGCCGCUUCUCUUUCAUUCGGUAGAAAAAGUCCCUAGAAAAUACUGUAUUCUGCGCAGUGCAGCAUCGGACCAUCACAUCCGGCUCUUGCCUAUUGCUUUCUACAGCCUCACCCCCUGCUUUCACCAAGAGCUGUUCACUAGAGAGCAAACCUUCCUCUAUGUGGCACUCGAUUUGUAUAUCCAGCUGUUGCAGCUCUUUGUGGAAGGGGAAGAUCUGCCACAAAGCCCAGGCCCUGCAGAGCAUGGGAAUUCCUUAGAAUUGAUCACCAAGGCCCGUCAGUUCCUGCUUGGUGCAAUUCCACACUGCCCCCAAAAAAGCUUUGGAAACAUACAACUGUUACUGGACACCUGUGAAAGAUUUGACCCGGAGAUGAAAGCCGCCCUUCUGCACUUCUCAAGGCCUGCCACAGCGAUGGAUCUGGAGGGAGAGCUGGUGUUGUUCUGAGUGACUGUGGCCACCAACACUGUAGUGGAGAAAGAAAACUAAGCAGAAGACACUGACUGUAUGGACAUCACUAGGGAUGGAGGGACAGACAAGCUGCUACCUUUCUCACUAGUGCUGCUUCAUUCAGAUUACUUUGUAAAUAAUUUAUUACAAGCAUAACCAUGAAGCUCUUGUUACAAUAAAAAGUAGGUUACAAAUUUCA